AAUAUACAUAUAUAAUAAUGUAUUUAAUUUUUUUAUUAUUCAUUUAUUUAUUUAUUUAUUUUCUUCUUGGUGAUAGUAGUAGAAUUUAUUUUAAUUGUCUAUAAUAUUUUUUUUUUAUGUGCUCUAACUCUGUUACAGAUUCUAUUGCAUGUGAUCAAUGUGAACAAGAGUAUUGGUCAAAUCCACCCAGGAAUGAAUGUGUAAAGAAGGAAAUUGAAUAUCUGUCUUAUGAUGAAAUUAUGGGAAUUUUACUGACAACUAUUUCUGCUAUUGGUACAUUUAUAACUGUAAUAAUAGCAAUCAUAUUCUUUAGAUAUAAAAAUACCCCAAUAGUCAAGGCCAACAACUCUGAGCUGAGCUUCUUGCUGCUCUUCUCAUUGGCUCUGUGUUUCCUUUGUUCACUUACUUUCAUUGGUCAACCUUCUGACUGGUCCUGUAUGUUGCGCCACACAGCGUUUGGGAUUACAUUUGUCCUCUGCAUCUCCUGUGUUCUGGGGAAAACAUUAGUGGUGUUAAUGGCCUUCAGGGCAACACUUCCAGGCAGUAAUAUCAUGAAAUGGUUUGGGCCUUUACAGCAAAGACUAAGUGUUCUUGCUUUCACUCUCAUACAGGUACUUAUUUGUGUGCUUUGGUUGACAAUAUCCCCUCCUUUUCCGUUCAAAAAUCUAAAACACUAUAAGGAAAAGAUCAUUCUCGAAUGUGAUUUGGGCUCAACCAUAGGUUUCUGGGCCAUUUUGGGUUAUAUUGGACUUUUGGCUCUUUUAUGUUUUAUUUUAGCAUUUUUAGCUCGGAAGUUGCCUGAUAAUUUUAAUGAAGCCAAAUUCAUCACAUUCAGCAUGCUCAUAUUCUGUGCAGUAUGGAUCACUUUUAUUCCAGCUUAUGUCAGUUCUCCUGGGAAAUUCACUGUAGCUGUGGAGAUAUUUGCCAUUUUGGCCUCAAGUUUUGCUUUACUAUUUUGCAUAUUUCUUCCAAAAUGUUAUAUAAUGUUACUAAAACCAGAGAAGAAUUCUAAAAAGCAUAUGAUGGGGAGGAAUGCUUAAAAAUCUUACUCUAAAUAUUUGUUUUUUUUUUUCUUUUGGAAAGACCUUUUAUAUUAACAGUUUUAAUUGCACAUUGUACACAAUUUACCACGCUCAAUUAAUAUGGUUGUGCUUGAAAGUUUGUGAACCAAUUAGAUUUUUUUAUAUUUCCCACAAGUCCUCAAAGUAACAAUGCGAGUCCAGUUAAAUGAAUGAGACAAAAUAUUAUACUUGGUCAUUUAUUCAUUGAGGAAAAUGGUCCAUGGUAUUACAUAUCUGUGAGUGGCAAAAGUAUGUGAACCUUUGCUUUCGGUAUCUGAUGUGCCCCCCUUGUGCAACAAUAACUGCUAAAUCUUUCCAGUAACUUUUGAUCAGUCCUGCACAUCAGCUUGGAGGAAUUUUAGCCCUCAUGAAUUGCUUGCUUCAGGUCCUUCCACAACAUUUCUAUUGGAUUAAUGUCAGGACUUGCUCAUUCCAAAACAUUAAGUUUAUUCUUCUUUAACCAUUCUUCGGUAGAAUGACUUGGGUGCUUAGGGUCGUUGUUUUGCUGCAUACUCACUUUCUCUUGAGAUUCAGUUGAUGAACGGAUGUUCUAACAUUUUCUUUUAGAAUUUGCUAGUAUAAUUCAGAAUUAUUUUUUUCAUCAACAGUGGCAAGCCGUUCUGGACCAAAUGCAAUAAAACAGUCCCAAACCAUGAUACUACCACCACCAUGUUGGAAUGUAGUGUUUUCCUUUCUCCAUACAUAGUACUUCUCAUUUAAACCAAAAAU